GGUGGAUGUUCUGUCUCAGUUGUCGCAAAGCCGCUGAGCAGUGAAAACAAACUCUCUCCCCCACAAAACACCACCCAGUCCAUUCCCAAAUCCCCUCCAAGCCUCCAAGCCAUGAUUUUCCGCCUGUGGGUGUUGGUACGUACUUUCACCGCCCGCAGGUAGUAGCGGCAUCCAGGCCAUCUGUCAGCACAAUGCGGGGGGACGAGCGGGCAUGCGCCGCUGGACAAUAAUAAUAAUUAAUGAGCCGGUUUGACGGAGAAUAUCUGGUUGAACCUGGAAGCUGGAGCAGCCUGUCUCGGGAGCUGGACUCUCGUAACCUAGCUAGCCGUGGAGUUAGAGCUGUCGGCAUUGCUCAUUUAUCGUUAUCACUGGUUGCAACUUGCUAGUGGCUGGCCCUGAGCGUGAAGCGUUUCCUGUCGAUAACUGAGGGGGGGCCAAAUCCCAUCUUCAUCUCAAGUGAGUGCUCUUAAAGAGCAUACUAAGGGAGAGUAGGCAGAUAACCAUGAUGAUGUUAUGGGAUGGGAUAUGGGAUUCACAGCAUUAUUUCCCCCCAAACCCGGAGAGUUCAUCGUUCGUGAUGUCAGAUGACCAAGUCUACUUUUGAAGAGGUGUUUCUUUGGUGUUGUUUUCGAAGCAGUUGAUUGGGCGGCAUGAACAGUCCAGAGUUAUUGCGCGAAAUAUUCCCUGUUGGUUCGAGCAUCCUGACAUCCUGCGAAUCUGCGAAGUGGCAGCCGAUGUGGGGGUUGGUUUGCGCGUUGAGCCCAGCCCGGAUGAAUCUCACUAGUCACAGUCACAGACUUCACAGUUGAUGCUCUACGCUAUUUUCCCGUCCGUCCUUGCAGGAUGAGCGCUAUAUCUUCGGAAUGGGCUAAGGCUUUACUGCGUAUUGCAACAGUCAGACCGACCCCACCCGAGCCUUGCCAGUUGCAGGCAAGAAUGAUAUUAACGAUGGGGCCUCACGGUAGAAACAAGAUUAAUAACUAUCACAGGAAAAACAUCCAGCAAUUUAUACACACAACCCCCUCUUUUUGAUAGACGCACGUCACAGCUACAGCAGAUAGAUGAUGAUAAGUUUAAAUUUCUGCUUAUACAUAAGAUUCCCAUUAUUUUUUUCCAUAUUAAUUGGUGAAAGGCAAUUACAGGGUUAAACUCAACAUCCCACCUUGCGAGAAGGUUGACCUCCAUCCAGUGAAAACCCACGCUGAGCCAAUAACUCACACUUUGCCUUGGCUAGCUAGCUUCAUUUAACCAACCCUUCCAUCAACCCUUGGUGAUCAAAGGGGAGUGUAAAUCCCAGCACUACUAUUUUAUUGGUUACACCGUCUCUCCCCUCCCCCGACAGAUGUGCCGGAGGGUGACCGACCCUUUAAUAAGCCACCCGCCAUCCGCCACCUUGUCUCUUGCUCUCUUGCUGCGAAGCUCUCCCUCCUACUCCAAGUUUCAUCCUCAUGUGCGAUCAAGUUUCAUCAAGUUUCUAUCAAGUUUCUAUCAAACCUGCAAAAGUACGUUCUGGACGGUAUGACCAUGUGCCGGAUCGUACCAAUAUGUGACUGAACAGGUUAACUACCCUCUCUGACGUCUGCGAUUCUCUGUCUCGGUUUCUGUCCAAAGGACUCGUCGGGUCGGGGUGAUUUGGUGAAAUCAAGAUAUAUGUCCCUUCAACUCUCUCAUUGUACUUUUAUACAUGACCAAAGAUUCCGUUGAGCCAUAUCCGCAAAACAAAAUAAUUGGCCGCUACUAAGGUCUCUGUCGUGUUGGUGAGCCUCUUCGACCUCGGCAGACUACUCUACUGUCCUCAUAUCAGACUUUAUUGCCCGGCCUCCUGGGCGCAUUUCAUCAUGAUACGACGACUUUCCACUUUGAUUAGCCCUAAGCGAGCGCCUCACAGACCCCGCGAGAAUGUCGAGGAUAAAACCAAGUAUUACGACAUCGACAAUGCGGUUGCCAGCUCAAGACCGCGGUCUCCCUUAACCGAUCGACAAUGUUUAUCCCUUGCGGCAGAAACACAGUUACAGAAUGCAUGCCUGUUUCUUUCCCAGAAAAUUGAAUUCCCAGACAGAUGGACUGAAUUUGAUGAUACAUGCGCGGACCAGAUGGAUGUUAGUCCUACAGGUUCUCACUUCCCGGACUUGAAGAUCUCAUCAUUUACCAUCCCAGAUCAUAUCGCUUCAGCCGUAAACGAUGAUCCUGCUUCUGGUUCGGACCAUUUGUCGAAUGAGCAUGAAAGUGGCGCCUUAGAUCCGGAGGACAAGGUGUGUUUGGACCUAAAAGAGAAGCAAGUAUUGACCCAUGACUACUUCGUGGAUGCCUUCGAACUAGAGCAAUCAACGGCGCCACUUGUUGUAGAAGAGGUUGGUAAGAUAUCCUCGUCAAUAGACGAGCUAAAAUUCCCUAGUCAUUUCACCAGGGAACACAACCCCUUACCCGAAACUUUCAUCAACUCGCUGGAAGAAGAUUGGAAGGAUUUGAGAAGCGCGAAACCUCCAUAUGGUAUGUCCUCUACAAAUGGCUUCGCUACGGAUAUUUGGACGAUCCAGGAAUGCACGACAGCUGAGAUGGAGCAAAUAGAUGCGGGGCUACAUUCAAUUCUACCUCAAUUUGUCAAUCGAGAAUCUCAUGCUACGUCUUCCUCAAGAGAACGGAAUAUAUCACCUCACCAACAGCAGAUAGAGAUCAACUCUCAACUGGGAGGAUCCGACGGACCUGCUAGUCCGGCAUUGGAAAAUAAUAACCCACUGCAUACCGACCUCAAAUGUCAAACAGAAAAAACCCCCGCGAAACCAAUAUUCAAAAUCAACACCAAUUUAUCUCCAAUGCUCGAUGAUUCGACCGAAAGGGAUCUAUCAAUAAGCCCUCUUUCUUAUGCACAAUCAUGGACCUCACGCUCCACGACCGGCAAGACAAUAAUCGACGCAAACGGGCUGGAAAAAGUGUUGACCCCGGUUGAGGAACAGCAGCGCCGUUUAGGGCUCCAGCGGGCUGUUAUGGAAAAAAUGUCAGGCGGCUUCAGUGUCCCAACAUCCCCAGACACAAAUAGAGCUACGGCGGCCAUUCACUCAAAUCCUCCUCCGCCAAUCCAACCAACCCCACCAACUUCGCCUGCUUGGAAUAUGGCUAACGCCAAGGAACAAUCCGCCACCAGCAAACCUGUAGAUGCCAACAAGUUGGACGAGCAGACGAAAAAUACACUUGUGCGGAAGUUGUCGCUGCUGACCCUUGGGAAAAAGAAGUCCGUUGCAAAGAUCAACAAUGUUCUUGGCUUCAGUGCUAUCGUGGAGGCGAGGUAGUUACUAGAGGUAGUUGAAGGCGUUUCCUGUGUGUCUAUUUGAUCUAGACGACGUUACGAUAAAUGCGGGAAGAUUUUGUCUACUGUAACUAUUUUUUUCCCCCUCUUUCCUUUUGAUUUAUCGUUUCAUUUCCUCUUAUCCCGUUUUCCCUCGGAACAUACAGACCAGGCUACAUACCACCACCAUUUCCCGCUAUGACUUUGACAAGAUGUUAUCCUAUUUCUCUUUUAUUUUUUUUUCUCUUCUUUUAUUUUUUAUUUUUUAUUUUUAUUUAUUUUUUAUUUAUUCAUUUUAUUUAUUUAAAUUUUUUUUUUACCGCACCCAUUGUAUAACCCUCCUCCCCUACAUUUGAUCUUGCUCCUUAUUGAUGUUUUCAUAUUCAUAUUUUCGGGGCAAGAAACGCCAUUUCGUCCUUUGGUGGCAAUUUCCUUUCAUUUCUUUCCUUUUCAUGAUUGUAUAUAUAUGCUAGGAUUUUUUAUUUUAUUUCAUUGAUUUAUUUAUUUAUUUACUUUAACUUCUUUCUGUCAAGGUUGGGCGGAGCACUGCCUUAAUUAUUAAUUUCCGUGUCCAUCGGUUCAUCCAAUCGGAUAACCUCCACUGAUAUAAGCUCAACUAUCUCUCAAUCAUAAUAGUAAAUCGCGUCUCCUUUCGCAAUCUUCCUGAAGAAUCGAAUGAACCAAUGCUUAGAUAAAUUAACUAGCUCAACAUAGUUAUAAAAUUAAAGUCACUUUUCAUUCUCGUAUCAGGCAGGGUUUUAAUUCGUGUAGGUAUGGCUUUCGCCACUAAGUUUGCACAGGGAUGUACUGUACGUUUUUGUAUGGAGAAUUCUUAUGUUGCUUGUAAUCUGUGUGCUAGCCUUAACCUGGGCCAUGUCGAAGCCAUUCAUUCGUUCUAGAAUAGGAGAACUAGUUAUAUACCGCGCUAUCAAAUCCUUUAAAGGGGAGCUGAGUCAUGGUAAAAAAGUGUUGCGAGG